AUGAGAGGUGUCAAGGUUUUUGCUGGGCGCUCGCAUCCCGACCUUGCUGCUGCGAUAUGCGAACGAUUAGGGACACAGCCUGGCAAAUGCGACCUGGGCUACUUUGCCAACGGAGAGACGAGAGUACAGCUCAACACUUCGAUACGCAACGAGGAUGUCUUCAUUGUCCAGAGUGGUAGCAAAAAUAUCAACGACUCCGUGAUGGAGCUGUUGAUCAUGAUCGCUGCUUGCAAAGGCGGCUCCGCCAAAUCAAUAACUGCUGUUAUGCCCUACUUUCCAUACGCGCGUUCAUCGAAAAAGAAGAGCCAUCGAGGUGCCAUCACCGCGAAGUUGCUGGCGAAUCUGAUGGCAGUCGCAGGAGUAACUCAUCUCAUCACAGUGGAUCUUCAUGCAGCUCAGAUGCAAGGCUUUUUCCACCAUGGUAUAGAUAAUCUUCACUGUGAGCCACUCCUCGUACGUUGGAUCAAAGGAAGUAUACCAGACUGGCAGAACGCAGUCAUUGUCAGCAAGAAUGUAGGUGGAAGCAAACGAGUGACCGCUCUAGCCGAUAUUCUUCGUCUCAGCUUCGCUUUGUGUUCUACUAACCGUUCGCGAGGUGCACACCACACCAACUCGAACAUGACAGACAGUGUGGUCUUCUUCGAUGCUAUCGAGCCGCAGGGAAUUCGUGUCAAACAAGCAGGUCAAUAUCAAAAUGGAGUGAGCAGCGGAAAUACCGAUCAACAUACAGAUAGCCCUCGGCUCUCGCAACGGAGGGCAUCUGCAAAUCAUGCCGACACCUCGCAUACGAGUAGUCCACAAAGAUCCACAAGGCCAAGAGUGGUAACCAUUAACUCCAGCCCUUUGGUCCAUACCACUAGACAAGAGUCUGCCUCACCUUCCUCGUCGCCCGAUCGUGGUCUACUCCGUGUGGACACAGCACCUAGUGCACGCAGACCCUCAGAAUACGAAGCGCAAGCCGGAUUCCAUGACGAGAAAGCCCGGGACGUGGUGAUCGGACGUCUUGUGCAGGGACACAUAGUAGACGAUGAUCACCCAUCUCCUGCGCUAUCGGCUCUGUCCGGCUUUGGCUUCGCUGAACGUGACUCUCUCGAAGGCCCCGCAAUGGAUCCAAUGACUUCCUCCUUUAUGUCGACUACUUCUUCGGUACAGGAAGGUCAUGCUCUUGGUGGCACGUUUGAUGCGGCUGCAUCUUCUGAAGAUGAGGAAGACGAGAUAACAACACUUGAACAUACCGUAACACUCGUCGGAAAUGUUCGCGGCAAGACAGCUAUUAUUAUGGACGAUAUCAUGGAUAAGUCGGGGUCUUGGGUUGCAGCAGCAGAGACUUGCGUCAAAAUUGGAGGCGCUAAGAAGGUCUACUGCAUCAGCAUACAUGCUCUUCUCGGUGAGGGCGCACUCGAGGAGUUGGAUGCAUGUGACUGCAUCGACCAUAUCGUCGUUACGAAUACUUUCCCAAUACCGCCGGAUUUAUCGGGGAUCUCUAAGAAGCUUGUAGUAAUCGAUCUGUCGAACUUGCUGUCCGAAGCAAUUCGUCGCAACCAUCACGGCGAAAGCGUCUCGAGCCUUUUCAUGCAGGAUUAG